CAAGAAACUCACCUAUCUGCACGCAUGUAUCAACGAAGGGCUGAGGCUGCACUGCACAGUGGGUGUGGGGCUUCAUCGUGUAACACCCGAGAGUGGUGUGAUGGUUUCCGGAAAUUAUUUCCCUGGAGGCACAGUUAUUAGUUCCCCUAUCUACACUAUCCACCGGGAACCUACGGUAUGGGGGAACGAUGUGGAGGAGUACAGGCCGGAGAGAUGGUUUGAAUGUGAUAGUGCGGCUGUGGCGAAGGCGUUUACUCCGUUCUCUGUUGGCCCUCGAGCUUGUAUUGGGCGUAAUCUAGCCAUGCUCGAGCUGCAGAUUAUCAUUGCGUCGAUUUUGAAGCGCUUCCAUUUCGUGUUGGAGAAUCCUGAUGAAGCUCUCGGAGUGAAAGAAGGAUUUUUGAGGAGGCCAACUGGUUGUCGUGUUGGAGUGAAAAGACGCGAAGCAUUCUAG